ACCAAAAGGCUAGGAAUUUCGGACCUUACAUAGGAAGAGAUUCUUGCAAGAUUAUCUCUUGGCUGAGAAGAAAUCUUGAAAAUAUGUCUGGAUCUCCAGGGAGAAAACCAAAUUCUCGAGUCACACCACUCCAGGGUAGGAAUUCAGUUGCUGAAUUAGUCACCCGGUACCAAAACAUAUUUGAUUGUGCAAAUCCUUCCUCAGCUGAUCAGAAGACCAAGAGCUGGGAGAAAAAUUAUUCCAAGAAGAGGGAAGGGGCUCAACCAGGAAUCGAUCUGCGCAUUUCUGCAAACAGGGACCCUGGCGUUAUGAACAAGAAACCGAGGGAGAAGCUUGCUCUCCAGCAAGGGAGCCCACCUGCAACAAAAACCAAGGAAGUUUCCCAUCGCAGAUCUGACCCAUCUUCACCAAAUAUGGUGGGACAUAUAAACGAAACCUCCAACUUUCAUCCAACCAAGACUGGGAAGAAGAUGGAAACCUUGCAUCCCUCCAAAAUCAGAUUUGAGCCCAAGGUGCAGCAUCUGGUUGCUUCUUCGCACAGCAUCAAUAGGAGGGAAGGAAAAGGGAUGGGUGCCCUCGCUGUGGAUGAUGGUAAUUCGGGCAAAAAGUUGACCCCAUGCAAAAGAAUCAACAGGGCAGCACCAUCCACAAAACUCACUUUGGCUUAUCCUGCCUUACAAGUCAACAACCGUGAGUAA